UCUCUACUAUGUUCUCUCAGCUGGCCCAACGCACGAUCCGGCUGCAGGUCCCGACGCGUUCGUUCAUAUCAUCCUCGCCUUCGCUCUUGGCCGCCGAGUCGUCCGAGAGUAAAGCGGAACCUGUGAAACAAAGGAGCGAACCCAAGGCAGUCGCAAAGCCGUCAAAGCCGAAGAAUAGCAUGGACCGCCCACCCAAGACAGCCAAGCCACCCAUCGGUGCGCUCCCACGUCUUCAACUCCAUUCACCCUCCCAUCAUGCCGUUUAUGCAAACAGUCAAACGACUGACCAAGGAAGACAUGCCGCCUGAACAGCCUUUCAAGCCUUACAUCUUAUUCUAUAUAGAACAUUAUCGGACCGAGCCGAAGGCCUCCACUUUUGCUGCGAUGGCCAUAGUUGCCGCAAAGGCGUGGAAGGCUAUGGACGAUGCUGGACGUCAGGUGUACCAUGAUCGCUAUGCCGAGCUGCGGGUAGAUUACAGCAAACGCCUUCAGGAGUACUUCGACAAGACCGACAGGGAGACCCUCAAAAGAGUGAAGCUUAAGCUGAAGGCCAGUCAUCGUUCCGUUCCGAGGGACGCGAAGCGUCCAUUGCUGCCCGGAUCCCCUUGGACGGUGUUCCUCCAGGAGCAGACCAAGACUAUUGGUCCCGCGCCCCCGGGCGUGAGGGGUGUCCUACAUAACACCAAGAUAUUGGCAGAGAGAUGGCGUGCGCUGACUCCGGAGGAGCGAGCCCCUUAUCACGAGCGCUAUAAGCAACUGUUGGAAGAAUACUAUUCAAAGACCAACAGGUCGCCCCCGAUCAGAGCGGCAACCCGGAUCGCUUCCGAGUAAAGGUGACGACCGUUACUAGUUGGCUUAUCACCGGGGCGUCCCGUGGCCUCGGUUUCGAGCUCGUCCGCCAGCUUACCUCCAUGCCCAACAACCUCGUGAUCGCCUCCUGCCGGAAUCCGUCCUCCGCGUUGCACA